AUGUUUUUCAUAAAAAAAGCAGCUUCAAGACCUUUAAUAAAGAAAAUAAGACAUACAAGACAAAGGAAAUCAUUAGCUUUUAUCUUAGAUUCAUUUCAAAAGCGGUUUUUAACGGGUUAUUUCGGCCAAUUUUCAGAUAUCUAUGAAACAUUAAGAUCGUCAAAAAUGAUAGAAGAAAGAAAUACGGGGUUUUAUAAAAGCCAGAUGAAGCUUGUAGAAUCGGAAAUGUCACAUCUAACAUAUAAUAUCCGUAAGUUAUUUAAUUCUUGCAAUCCUAUUCUUUAUAAUGUCGCAAAUUAUUAUAUUCAAACACAAGGAAAGCAUGUUCGACCAUUAGUUGUUCUUUUAAUAUCUAAAGCAACAAGUAUUGCUCCAAAAAUUCCAAACUGGAAUGAUGGAUUAUAUAAUAAAUAUAAUGAACCUAUAUCAUCUACGAAUAUUGUGAAUGAUAAUGAUCCUGACAAACCAUUAUCAUCCUAUGAAAUCCCGAUGGAUGCAACAGAAACAGAUAUCUAUCCAUCUCAAAGAAGAUUGGCAGAAAUUACUGAGAUGAUCCAUACAGCAUCCUUAUUACAUGAUGAUGUAAUUGAUAAUUCGCACAUUAGAAGAGGGAUGCCGAGUGGAAACCAUGUAUUUGGCAACAAAAUGGCAGUAUUGGCGGGGGAUUUUCUUCUUGGAAGAGCAUCUCUUGCAUUAGCUCGUCUAAGAAAUGCGGAAGUAAUUGAACUUUUAGCUACAGUAAUUGCAAAUCUUGUAGAAGGAGAAAUUAUGCAAUUAAAAGAAACUAUUGACAAGGAGGAUAAUGAAUAUUCCCAUUUUAGUGAUGUAUUAAAUAAAUACCUAAAAAAAACAUACUUAAAAACGGCAAGCUUAAUAGCAAAAAGUUGCCGAGCUACUGCUUUAUUAGGUGGUUGUACUAGUGAAAUUACUGAUAAUGCCUAUUUGUAUGGAAAAAAUCUUGGGUUAGCAUUUCAGUUAACGGACGAUAUGUUAGAUUAUACAAUUUCUGAAGAUACUUUCGGAAAACCUGUAAAAAAAGAUUUAAAACUUGGAUUAGUAACAGCACCCGUUUUAUUUGCAUGGGAAAAGUAUCCUGAACUAGGACCAGUUAUAAAACGAAAAUUCUCUAACGAUGGAGAUAUAUGUCGAACACAUGAAUUAGUCAUAAAAAGCCAGGGUUUGCAAAAAACAAAAGAAUUAGCCGAAAAAUUUUGCAACAAAGCAUUAGAUUCUCUUAAUUUAUUUCCAAUGUCGCCUUCUCGACUUGCACUACAAGAAUUAACAUACAAGGUUCUAAAUAGGGCAGAAUAAUCAAUUAUUAAACAUAUUAAGAUUAUCGAAUAAUUGCAUACUUAGCAUAAUAUUUAUCUCAUA